AUGUCGACGCGCAAGAGGAAGCAGGAGGCCGAGGAGGAGGAGGAGCUCGUUGCCCUGCCUUCCGACGAGAGCGACGAGGAAGAAGAGUACGAAGACUCCGAGGUUUCUUUUGACGAAGAGGAUGCAUCCGAGGAUGAUGAUGAAGUUGUAGAAGAAGGUACUGUUACCAUUUCACGAUUUCCUCUCGGCAUCCAGCACCGUGUUGUUUUAGCAAAUCCCAGAUCCUUCCCUCCGUUGGUAUUCACAAAUCCUCUCGAUCUGGAUUUACAAACCGUGCUCAUGAUUCUCUACCGAACAGUCGAACCGCAACCCAAGAAGCGUAAGACCACCAGACAGGCCAAGGCCGAUGCCGAGGAAGAAGACGAAGAACCCGAAGCCGUCGCGACCGAUGACGAAGCCGGCGAUGGCGAAGUCGCUCCCAAAGACGGCGACGACGAAGACGAAGAACCUGAGGCUGCCGAUGAGGAGGCAGAGGACGAUGUUCCUACCGAUACUGCCGCUAAGGGCGGCCCCGCCUCGAAGGCGAAGGCAGAGAAGGCCGCCGAUGUGCCCAAGGAGGCGGAACUGAAAGAGGUCGAGUCUAAAGCCUAG